AACCUCAUUACAAACAGGUCCCUGCAGGAUAUUUUAAGAAGGAAAGAAACCUGAUUUCUUCUGAAACCCAAACCCUUGUGCGGCAGCGGAGGCGGAGCGGCUGGCUGUCGCAAGACGAAGGUUUCUUGGAAUUACAUCUUUCUGCAAACUGAAUAUUGUUCGACGAUAUUAGACUUUGAUUCGUACCAUGGAUUUUCUUGAACCAACAUUAGCCUUAGAUGAGACACAUUAUCAAGAGGGUUAUACAAAUGGGUAUGAUGAUGGCCUGGUAUCUGGAAAGGAAGAGGCAAGGCAGGUUGGCUUAAAGAAUGGUUUCCAGGCUGGCGAAGAACUGGGAUUCUAUCAGGGCUGCUUGGAUGUGUGGAUGUCAGUAAUUCGCCUUGAUCAAGAUGCAUUCUCAGCUCGGGUGAGGAAAUACAUGGAGCAACUAGCUGCACUUGUGAGCAACUAUCCUUUGUCUGAUCCAGAGGAUGAGCAGCUUCAAGGCAUGAUGAGGGAGAUAAGACUGAAAUUCAGCGUUAUCACGGGAAGCUUAGGAGCAAAAUUGGGGUAUGAAGGUCGCCCCACAUCAUCUGAGCAAGACAUCGAGGAUAUGUAGCUUGUUUGGAAUUAUCGAAAGGUCCCUUGUGGAUUAUGAAAUCUCAGUCACCACUUUGAAACCGAUAUUUGGUGUCAAUAGAGUUUCCUUUUGAUUUUGUACUUAUGAUGUUCAGUUUCACGUAUUAUGCUGCCACUGGGAUAACGGAGGAUAUUUGGAGCACUGUAUCUAGAUGUAUGUAACAGAGGAUUUUUGCAGUCAUGUUGUUUAUUAUAUGUGGUCUUCUCCUUUCAA